UCAACACAAUGAAAAUGGCACAGUUCCCGGGUAGUAACUGAAUUUAAUAUUAAUAUUCUCUUCUGUGGAAAAGCAAGGCUGCAUUUCAGGGGAAACCCUUCUUUUGAGCCUGAGGGCAAGGAUGGGUGAGAACCAGAAGAGGAAUCCUGGUCGCCACCGUUCUCCAAAACUUCUAGGCAUACAGGUUCCUCCAUCUGCUCAGAAUACCUACUUAUUGAAGGACCUAAAGUGGGGACAGAAGUGUUACCUCUGCAACAUCAUGAGAGUUUAUGACAACAAACCUAUGAGGAAAAUGCUGUACCAUCAGUAUGUGCUCAACCUCCAGCACCAGAACUUGCUGGGUCAUAUUACUCAGCAAGAAGCCAGAUCUUAUGUCUCCUUCCUGGAUCCAGCUGAAUAGAUGCCCCUAAGGAAGGUCUCAGAUAAGAACAGUGCCUCUGUGAUGUCCAGUGUCAAGAUGAGAUGAGCAGGCUAUAGUUAGAUCUGGGCCAAAGGAGGCAGCAUAGGCAGAUGGCUCAGUGGGGAAAGAGGUCUGGUAUUUAUCUGUCCUUUGCUGAAUUUUUGUGUUAGAAUUUGACACACUCCCUGGUAGAAUAAACUAUACCACACAUGAUCUUCACCUGAGUCUCCACCAAUUCCACUGGUUUAUAGGGAUUCUUAGUGACUGAGUCCAGCUAAAUGAACUCUUACAGACUGGAGAUCUAUGUUUCUAUAUGAAAAAUAUAUUUCAACUUUUAAAAGUUUGCCAUUCACACUGAUAUUUCCAAGCAGCGUGUUGGUGGGAGAGAGAUCAAAGGAGCAAGAUCUGUGACAAGAACGUCUGGAAAACACAGAACAUGAAGGUUUUGGCUAUGGUAAAAAGGUUAAGAUACCUGAUGUAGUGUCUGAAUCCAAAACAAAACAAAUAAAAAAAGAUAUUUGGGAUCCAUUUCUUUGAGCCUUAGAUGACCAGGUUUGACCAUUUGAUGACCAGGUUCUGACUGACUUUCCAUAUAGAGAUUUUUGGGAUUUGACUUAAGAUUUGGGGAUGGAGGGGUGGGGUUUGUUUUGUUUUUUUUUAAUCAAAAGUCAUAAUUUUUCUUUUAAGUAAAAGCCUGCAUUCUUCUGAGCAGCUCUAGUUAAUCUGUUAAACAUGGAGAUCUAUUAAAGAAAAAGCAAGGGAGAAAAUCCAAAUGGUCAUAAGCAUACUUAAGAGUGCCUUAAAACAGCAAACUAACCAUCUGAUACAAUUCCUUACUUGCAUUAACUUUGAUUUAAUUAGUGAUUAGUUCUAAUUAUGAUGCAGAAAUUAACAACCUUUUUAUAUAAGAGUUCAGAUAAAAUAAAUGUAAUUGUAUUCAA